AUGUCUCUGAAAUUAUUAAGACCAAUAAAUGUUUUCAAACGACAACUAUCGCAAAAGCCUGCGAGUUUUGCUAGCUUCGAUUGGCAGGACCCGCUGAAUUUAGAAUCGCUUUUAACGGACGAAGAAAAGCUAGUCAGAGAUCAAUUCAGGUCGUAUUGCCAGGAAAAGUUAAUGCCCCGGGUAAUCGAAGCUAAUAGAAACGAAGUAUUUCACAGGGAAAUAAUGCGCGAAAUAGGCGAGCUAGGCGUCCUAGGAUGCACUUUAAAAGGAUACGGAUGCGCCGGAGUGUCCAACGUAGCCUAUGGACUCUUAACGAGGGAAGUAGAACGAGUCGAUAGUGCGUACAGAUCGGCUGUUAGCGUUCAAUCUUCACUAGUUAUGGGGGCUAUAUAUAAUUACGGAAACGAAGAGCAGAAACAAAAAUAUUUACCGUUGUUAGCAAAAGGUGAAUACAUCGGUUGUUUUGGCUUGACCGAACCAAACCAUGGUAGCGAUAUCGGUUCGAUGGAAACCAAAGCCAAGUACGACCCUUCCACCAAAACCUACACUCUAAAUGGCAGUAAAACAUGGAUUACAAACUCACCCAUAUCGGAUAUAUUCAUAGUGUGGGCCCGAUGCGACGAUGCGAAAGUACGAGGCUUCAUAAUCAACAAACACGAAUUCGGCGAAGGAUUAGAAGCGCCCAAAAUCGAAGGGAAAUUCUCCCUGCGGGCCUCCACUACAGGAAUGAUCCUCAUGGAUAACGUGCGAGUACCCGAAGACCACCUUCUACCGAACGCCGUCGGAAUGAGCGGCCCCUUCGGGUGCUUGAACAACGCGCGAUACGGAAUCGCCUGGGGCGCCCUCGGAGCGGCCGAAAGCUGCCUGCAAUUGGCCAGAAACUACACGAUGGAGAGGAAACAAUUUAAUAAACCCCUAGCUGCCAACCAACUCGUACAAAAGAAACUAGUUGAUAUGAUGACCGACAUUUCUUUGGGCCUUAUGGGUUGCUAUCAAGUCGGCCGGUUGAAGGACAAAGAUAUGCAUUCUCCUCAAAUGAUAUCGCUGUUGAAAAGAAACAACGCUGGGAAAGCCCUGGAAAUAGCCAGAGUAGCGAGAGAUAUGCUGGGAGGUAAUGGAAUAUCUGAUGAAUAUCACGUUAUAAGACACGUCAUGAAUCUGGAAGCUGUAAAUACGUACGAAGGUACACACGAUGUUCAUGCUUUGAUCUUGGGACGUGCUAUCACCGGAAUCGCGGCCUUCUGA